GCGGCUGCGGUGGCGGCAGCCGAGCGCGCGGGGCGGGGGCGCGGGGCGCGGCGCUCGGAGUCCGCUCGGGCCGGAGGCGGCUUGGGACCGGGGCCGGGCCCGGGAAUCGCGAGGAGCCGGGCAGCACAGCCGGAGCCCGCCGCCCGGGACAUGGCCAAGGCGGGCCGUGCAGGUGGCCCUACCCCGGGCGGCGGUGCCCCCUGGCACCUUCGAAAUGUCCUCAGUGACUCAGUGGAGAGCUCGGAUGAUGAAUUCUUUGAUGCUCGAGAGGAGAUAGCUGAAGGGAAGAGUGCCAUCCUCAUUGGGAUGAGCCAGUGGAAUUCAAAUGACCUGGUGGAGCAGAUGGAGACCAUGGGAAAGCUGGAGGAGCAUCAAGGAGAAGGGAGUGCGCCGUGCACGUCCAGCACCCUCCAGGAGAAGCAGCGAGAACUGUACCGGGUGUCCUUGAGAAGACAGAAGUUCCCAGCCCAGGGGAGCAUUGAGAUCCAUGAAGACAAUGAGGAAGUCUGCCCACAGCGCUCCUGCAAGACGCAUGUCCUCCUGCUGGUGCUGCACGGGGGCAACAUCCUGGACUCGGGUUCAGGGGAUCCAUCCUGCAAGGCAGCUGACAUCCACACCUUUAGCUCCGUGCUGGAGAAGGUCACACGCGCCCACUUCCCCGCAGCUCUGGGCCACAUCCUCAUCAAGUUUGUCCCCUGUCCUGCCAUCUGCUCGGAAGCUUUCUCACUCGUCUCCAACCUGAACCCCUACAGUCACGAUGAGGGCUCUCUCAGCAACAGCCAGGACCACGUCCCUCUGGCCGCCCUGCCCCUGUUGGCCAUCUCCUCCCCGCAGUACCAGGAUGCGGUUGCCACCGUCAUCGAGCGAGCCAACCAGGUCUACGCAGAGUUCCUCAAGUCCUCUGAUGGCAUUGGCUUCAGUGGGCAGGUGUGUCUCAUCGGGGACUGUGUGGGGGGCCUCCUGGCCUUUGAUGCCAUCUGCUACAGUGCGGGGCCCUCAGGUGACAGCCCUGGCAGCAGCAGCCGGAAGGGGAGCGUCAGCAGCACCCAGGACUCCCCAGUUAUGGUGGAGGAGGAGUGCAGUCUGGCCAGCAGCAAGCGGCUCAGCAAAAGCAGCAUUGACGUCUCCAGCGUGUUGGAGGACGAGGAGCCCAAGAGACCGUUGCCACGGAAACAGAGUGACUCUUCCACCUAUGACUGCGAGACCAUCACCCAGCAUCAUGCCUUCCUGUCAAGCAUCCACUCCAGUAUGCUGAAGGAUGAGGCCGAGCCGCCUGCAGCCGGGACGGCCCAGCUCCCUGAGGUCAGCCUGGGCCGCUUGGACUUUGAUGUGUCGGACUUCUUCCUCUUCGGCUCGCCCCUUGGCCUGGUCCUGGCCAUGCGGAGGACAGUGCUGCCGGGGCUGGAUGGUUUCCAGGUGCGUCCUGCCUGCAGCCAGGUCUACAGCUUCUUCCACUGCGCAGACCCUUCCGCCUCUCGGCUCGAGCCACUGCUGGAGCCCAACUUCCACCUGGUGCCGCCCGUCAGUGUGCCCCGCUACCAGAGGUUCCCACUGGGCGACGGACAGUCCCUCCUCCUCGCUGACGCCCUGCACACCCACAGCUCCCUCUUCCUGGAGAGUAGCUCUCCGGGUAGCCCACCGCUUCUGGAUGCCCCCGUCUCACCCUCUCAGGCCCCGAGGUCCCAGGGCCCAGCACGGAAGAUGAGCCAGGGCAGCUCCCACAGCGAGAGCUCAGAGUCCUCAGACAGCCUGGCACCCAUGGGUGCCUCCCGCAUCACGGUCAAGUGGUGGGGCACCAAGCGCAUUGACUAUGCCCUGUACUGCCCGGAAGUCCUCACAGCCUUCCCCACUGUGGCGCUGCCCCACCUCUUCCAUGCCAGCUACUGGGAGUCCACGGACGUGGUGGCCUUCAUCCUGAGACAGGUGAUGCGCUAUGAGAGCGUGAAUGUCAAGGAGAGCGCUGGCUUGGAUCCUGCAGCCCUGAGCCCCGCGAAUUCCCGGGAGAAGUGGCUUCGUAAGAGGACCCAGGUCAAGCUGCGGAACGUCACUGCUAAUCACCGGGCCAACGAUGUGAUUGCUGCUGAAGAUGGCCCCCAGGUCCUGGUGGGGCGAUUCAUGUACGGGCCCCUUGACAUGGUGGCUCUGACAGGAGAAAAGGUAGACAUCCUGGUGAUGGCAGAGCCGUCCUCGGGCCACUGGGUGCACCUGGACACAGAGAUCACCAACAGCAGUGGCCGAAUCACCUACAGCGUGCCGCGGCCCCGACGCCUGGGCGUCGGUGUGUACCCUGUGAAGAUGGUCGUCAGGGGCGAUCAGACCUGUGCGAUGAGCUACCUCACGGUGCUGCCCCGCGGCAUGGAGUGCGUGGUGUUCAGCAUUGAUGGGUCCUUCGCGGCCAGCGUGUCUAUCAUGGGAAGUGACCCCAAGGUCCGGCCAGGGGCAGUGGAUGUUGUGCGACACUGGCAGGACCUGGGCUACAUGAUCCUGUACAUCACGGGGCGGCCGGACAUGCAGAAGCAGCGGGUGGUGUCGUGGCUGUCCCAGCACAACUUCCCACAGGGCAUGAUCUUCUUCUCGGACGGGCUGGUACACGACCCGCUGCGGCAAAAGACCAUCUUCCUCCGCAACCUUGUGCAGGAGUGUUUCAUCAAAAUCAGCGCCGCCUAUGGCUCCACAAAGGACAUCUCUGUCUACAGUGUGCUGGGCCUGCCACCCUCCCAGAUCUUCAUUGUGGGACGGCCCACCAAGAAGUACCAGACCCAGUGCCAGUUCCUGAGUGAAGGCUACGCCGCGCACCUGGCCGCCCUGGAAGCCAGCCACCGCUCGCGCCCCAAGAAGAACAAUUCGCGCAUGAUCCUGCGCAAGGGCAGCUUCGGCCUGCACGCGCAGCCCGACUUCCUGCGGAAGCGCAACCACCUGCGUAGGACCAUGUCGGUGCAGCAGCCGGACCCCCCCGCCAACCCCAAACCCGAGAGGGCGCAGAGCCAGCCUGAGUCUGACAAGGACCAUGAGCGGUCGCUGCCCGCGCUCAGCUGGGCGCGUGGGCCCCCCAAGUUUGAGUCGGUGCCCUGAGGGCUGGCCUAUGCGCGGAGCAGGGGGGCCCUACCAGGCUGCCUGCGGGGACCAGAGCGCUGCCUUCUCCCCGACACAGGCCUUUUCCUGCUUUUUUCCUCCUGUGUCCGUCCAGCGGUGUCCGACCACAAGGGGGAGGGACUCUGCCUGGCCUUGGGGACUCCCUAGGCUGCCAGGGGGUGCGAUCCAGGGUCUCGGUGCCGCUGCUGCCGCCUCCCCCGUGCCUGCGACUUCAAGCCCAGGUCAGGGUUGAUGUCUGUUUAAUCCUGGGGGCAGGCAUGCCGGAGCUGGAGUAGUUGACGAAGUCGACCAUCUUUCUGAGUUCCUGAGGCUCCGGCAGCAAUGCUAGGCAGGCCCGGAAGGGAGAAGCCCCCAGACCAGCGGUAGACAGUCGCUGGCAGGUACAGCUCCUUGGCUGUCUGGUGGAGGGGCACAGUAGCUUUUGUGCCUGCCCUCCCUGUGACAUUCUGGGUUACCAUCUUGAGCCUGGCUCUCUUAUAGCAAAGUGGCCACUUUUGGGGAGUGCGAGGAUGUCCCCUGGGCUCCUCCUAUGUUCAGACGUCUGUCCAUAGCCCUUGGGGGCAGGGUCUGGUGCUGACAGCCUGUCCUCCUGCAGCUGUUCACAUCCCCCUUCUUGUCCUCUGUAUCGUCACCAUUCUCCCGUGGCAGUUGAGGACAGUUGUUCCUCUUCCCAGAGUCCUGCCUAGUGCCCUUCCAGGUGUGGCGUUGGCCUUGGGCUCUGGCUGAACUGGGCUGGCUCUGAGCCCUUUGAGCCAGUUGUUUGCCCUCUCUGGGCCCUGCCUUCCUUAUGUAACUGAGGGAUCUCAAUUGCACCAACUUGAGAUUGGUGCGAGUUUUUGACUCCUCGGCUGUCCCGUAUUUCUGCCCCCUGUGGCUUUUCAGGCCUAAGACUCCCUCCGAGUGCUCAGUGAUCUCUACCGUCCCUAUAGUCUGAGAGGGGGCGCUUGUGGACCAGGGGGAAGCAGCUGGUGCCCCACCACUUCAAAGGAAGCCCCUGGAGGUGCAGGGUGGGGCGUAGGGGUCCCUGCUCCAUGGAGAGAUUUGCUUUGCACUGAUGCCCAAACUCAGUGUCCCAGGGACAGAGACAUUUUCUCAGAGGGCACUGAUCUGACUGCUCCUCCCCAGCUCUGCCCGGACUGAUUUCUUCCUUUGGGCUCCUGAAAGGUGUAGAGCUGAGAUCCCAGAGCUCUGGGGGUUCAUGUAGUUUUGGCUCAAACUGUUGUAUUCUCUUCCCUUCCCCCACCCCUUAGCUUGGUUUGGUGCCCAAGACUUCCUCCUGGGUCAUGCGCUGAGGUUGGCAGGGUGUGGCUUUCCUGGGGCCCCUCAAAGCCUGCACAGGCCUUCGUGCUGCUGGGUCCCUGGCCUGAGCAUUGGUCUCUUGCACUUUCCCCCUGCUCUCUGGCUCAGGCUCACACCCACCAUGGGGGGCGGCCAGGGCUUGCCUCUGAGCCCCCUGUGGGCUGCCCCUGAGGCUGAUCCAGCUCUUUCAGCUAGGGCUCUGUGUCAGGGGCCAGGCUGUCCCCGAGCCCAGACAAAUGUAUGCACAGCAGGCACCUGUGUCAGCUCAGUGUCGCUUCUGCUCAUUGUCUACCUCUUGCACUUCCCAUGUGGCCAGUGUCCUCCCGACCGCAGCUGCUGGUAGGGGCGUGUGGCACCACCCGCGUAUGGGGCACCCUGCGGGGGCUGGAGGGGUCCAGGCUCCCAGCCCCCACCCUUGCUCCCUCUACUAGAAACGUGUCUUCUCCAGUCUGCCAGCUCCGGCCGCAUCCGCUCCACCUGUCUCCCAGCUCUGUGCUCCACUUUCAGCCCUGCAUAUGCAUUUAAACAGCACUGAGCUGCUGGCAAGUCUGCUGGGGAGGGGUGAUCACCCUCAGCUUCCUCUCUGGGCCUGCCUCCUGGCGGUUCACAUCCCCUCUCACAUGUCAUCUUUCACGGCUCUCCAUGACGUACCGGCUCAUGUGGCAUAACCGCCUCAACCCUAAUCCCUUCCUUCCCAAAAUACACCCUGAGUUAAACUUGGGCAGAGUUAGUCUGAUUCUGACACUCUACCGUCUCCUUUUUGGAGAAGCCACUGACAUAUUACUUUCCAAUGAUAAAAUAAUUAUCAUGGGAUACUUGUCCCCAAGUUCGAUUCCCUCUGCCCUUUCUGAGAACCACAGGCUUGGAGCUGGCAGGACCUGGAGGGAAUUUGGAGUCCACCUGAGCAGGGUUCUGUGGUUCUGGGGGACGGAACUGGGAUGCCAGCCCCAGCAGGAGUGCCACCACCCCUUCCUUUCCAGAGCUCCGGAUUGGGGCUCUGACGAUUCACACUGAGAUGCUGAAGGUGUACAGUGAGAUAUUGUGAGCACAUGCUCUAGGAGCUUUAGUUGGUGUGUGACUGACUGUAUGUGUGGUUCUGUGUAGUGACCUGCCUCAGACAAUGAAGGUUUCAGUAAUGCUUUCCUAGCAACUCUGUAACCAAUAUGCACUUUCUCUAGUAGUGGUUUGUUCAAUUUUGUCUGUCCAGUUACAUGGGAGAAAAACAAAGAACCAAGUCGUGUUGUUCUAUGGAGGGGGGCCGCUGCCUUUCCCCGAGUAGUUCUGUGACCCAUGUCCGGCUGUUUUCUAGAAAAUCCUUCCAGCUUCCGGUGUGCUUGCUCCUCGGGAGCUGGAAACAGAUCUUCCCGCCUGACCAAAGCUCCCUGUUUCUCAUGUGGCAUGUUUGUUCUUUCCAGUCUGGUGGCUGUCCUGACAGAGGGCCUGCCUGCCGCCUUCCUCUACUUUUGCCCUGUUGGGGGUUCAGGGUGCACCCGUAGCUGGGGCCUGCUUUUCUGGCGUCAUGGGUUUUUUGUGUUUUUUUUUUUCCUAAAGUGCUCGACUCCUCCCUUACACUCUGCAAAAUAUUUUUUUAAAAAAGGAGACGUUUCAUGCAUUUGGAUGAAUGGGCCUCCCGCCUGGAUGCGGGGCCAGAGAAAACAAACAUGUUUGAACCCCAGUAUUUCAGAGACUACUGGGGGAGGGGAGGCUCUCUGAAAGAGGGGAGGCUGGGUCUCAUGGCUUUUAAACAAACUCCUUUUACCACUCUGGAGCCCAUCCCCACAUCCAGAAGUGUCCUGCAGACAAAAUAUGUCACCAGUUUUUAAAUGAAAGCUGGACUGGAGACGGAGUCCGGAGGUGACAUGGUUUUGCAUGGGCACUCUCCCACCUAGCCCAGGAGCGGCCCUGCCCGGGAGGGGUGCCCUGACUGAGAAGAGGCCGCGCAGCUGACCCCGCCUUAAACUUUCCUGCGGAAUCCUGGGGGUUUGGGUGCCCAGUGCUCUGACACCUAUUCUCUUUGGCUCAGCCAAAAGAAAAGUCACCGCCCUCCUUCUGCUUCCUCUGGGCUUGGGGGAAACUUUCUUAAAAAUCAUAGUUCGGGUUAAGUCUAAGCACUUAGGCCUGGUCUGGGUCCUGUGCUCCUUGCUGAGGAACCAACAGAGUGGUCGGGAGAAAUAUCAGUGGGAUACCACACUUGUUGGGACAAGGAGAGGCAGGUGACACCAAAGAGGGGCAGGCCAGGAGGGCAGCUCACUCAUGGGGACCCCCACCCCCGGAUCCUGCUGUCCUUUUCUAUUUGUUUACUUGGUGGUGGCAGCCUGUCUGAUCUCGUCCGUGGUCUGACUGUUCCUAAGUGUGUUAACUCUCAGUAUUAUCUGUGGUGGAUGGUUCUGUGGUGAAAAAGGUUUAUUAUAUUCCUCAUGGCUGCCUUGUACAAAAUCCGUUAGAAAAGAACAUGUAAAAUAUCAGAUUUCUAACAAGACAAAAACAGCAUUACGGAGUUAAAAGAUUUUUACAACUGGUCUUGAUUUUGAUGUGAGCUGGUUUUUAACUCUCUAACGUUGUCACUUAAAUAAAAACCUUAUUUGCCUUU